CGUCGUAUUUCCCCGUACAUAUUUGCAACAACGGUGAUGUGUAAUGUGAAAAAUUGCUAUUAAAAAUGUUAGUACAGUGAAACAAUAGCAUCAUGGUUAGAGUUUUUCAUUAAUAAAGCUAUUUUUCAUCGCUGUCUGCUGUUGGUUUAUCGAACAAAGGCAAAACGAUUUGCUUUCAUAGGAGCUUCACACCCUUGUUAUGUUAAUGGAGUGCAUCUUGAUAACACCCAAAGACAAAGUGAAAUCAGUGAAAAACCACGUUAAAUAAGCCGCAGCCGCCGAUCAAAAACAGAGCAUAGAAUAACCCGACAGCACGGAAGUGAACUCAUCGAUCAAAGAGCCUCAGCAUCCAGAGCAGCGCUUUUCGUUGAUUGUUGAGUUUUGUUUUUUUGAGUUUUUACCCUUUCGUUUCGGGCUUCGGUCGACGGAUUCCAGUCGGAAGGAGAGUACUUUAAAAUUGCAAAUCGUCGACCCUAGCGAGCGUAAGGCAAACUAAGCAAAACCACACCACCAACCCAACGAUGGCGUCCAGUCCGCGAGCCGGUGGCGGUGCCCAGCGUCCGAAUGGUGCCACACAAAACAAGAUUUGCCAGUUCAAGCUGGUCUUGCUGGGUGAGUCGGCCGUCGGCAAGUCGUCGCUGGUGUUACGCUUCGUUAAAGGUCAGUUCCACGAGUACCAGGAGAGUACGAUCGGGGCAGCCUUCCUCACGCAAACAGUUUGCAUUGACGAUACGACGGUGAAGUUCGAGAUCUGGGACACUGCGGGACAGGAAAGGUACCACAGUCUCGCUCCAAUGUACUAUCGAGGUGCUCAGGCGGCUAUCGUGGUGUACGAUAUUCAAAAUCUGGAUAGUUUUUCCCGUGCUAAGACGUGGGUUAAAGAGUUGCAGCGACAGGCAUCGCCAAAUAUUGUGAUUGCGCUAGCCGGCAAUAAGGCCGAUCUCGCUAAUAGUCGCGUGGUCGAUCUCGACGACGCCAAGCAAUAUGCGGACGACAACGGACUACUGUUCAUGGAGACAUCGGCCAAGACCGCCGUUAACGUUAAUGAUAUCUUUCUUGCAAUAGCUAAAAAAUUGCCUAAGAAUGAAGGCACAGGACCUCAGCAAAACAUAAGACCUACCCAGAACGAACAGAGCCGACAGAAUAGCGGCUGCUGCAGCAAGUGAUGUUAUUCAGCUGCAAUCGUAUUGUUAAUUGUAACAAAUAACAACAAGGAAUGUUUGAAAAAAAUUGUCGUUACGAUUGUAGUAGGAAAUAAGCAGGAUUCCAACCUAGUUAUGAUAAACCAAGAACAACAGUAAGAAAAAAAAACACAUAAGCGAUCUAUUCCGACCCUCAAUACACAUAUACACACACACUCACCAAUUUAAAAAAAUUAAAAAACCAGGAACCGUUUAUGAAAUACUGACAAACAAAAUGCUUGGAGCCGCAAUAGUCAUCAGUGUUUAUUAUUGCGCAAAGGAAAAGCAAAAAUCAUGCGUACCACAAACACACACACAUUAGGAACACCAGAACGAGAAACUUCAUUCAAAUUUUUUCAGCAAAUAAGAGGAAAAUACCAGAUCGUUUGUUAGUAGAUUGUGAAAUAAAAUGGAAACACCCAACACACACACACAAACACACAACACAGCUUAUAAAGUUGAUAAAUCUAACUUUACCAACCAACCACAAUUAUAACAGCAGAAAAUAGUGCAUCCCAAUUUAAUAAUUGAAUAAUAAUAACGAGAGAAAAAAAAACAAGAAAAACAAUCCCUCAGCUAAAGAAAAUACAACUCAAACUAAAUUUACUACCUACCUAGUAGAUUAUUUGUUUUAAGUUCUCCGCAUAUAUUUUUCACUGCUUCUCUUUUUUUCUCUAUUCCCAUCGAAUUUGUUAAUUUUCUCUGCCUCCCUUAAUUUUUUUCUUCCUAUUUCCCACUAAUAUAAACCAAUCUUCGUGGAUAUAUAUUUAUUGCUAAACUAAACACCUGAAUAUAUUAUGAAAAUAUAUUUAAAUAAAAAUAAAAACGAUCCUGAUAAUAGAACAGCUUUCAGUUACGCGCCGUAGCGCGUUUGAGGAUUUAAAUUUCUGCUCACAGUUGUGCAUGUGAGGAGAAUAAAAUUGCAACACAGACAGACAGAGACACACAUAUGCCCGCGAACGUACACACAUACUACAAUUUAUGAUGGUAAUGCAUGUAGAUUUAACAAAGAAAAACAACAAGAGUCUUUUUCCUUGUUAUGAUUGUUUAUUUCCCCUCCCGCUUCCCCUCGCCCCCUAGAACAGUUUUUAUUUUAUGAUAUAUUUGUAUGAUAAACUAACUGAAGGAUAUAAAAGAAAAAUGUAUAAAACAAUUAAAGGCGUAGUGGUUAAAUAAAACAAACAAACAAAACAAAAAAAAAACAACGCGAAGGAAUCUGUGCUACCUUAGGUUCAUAUUAUAUCUAUUUACUGCUGGCGUAUGAUGAAACGUGACGGUGACGAUGGCCAACAAAGAAGGCUCUGCAGCACGCAUUUACACAACUACAACAACAAAAACAACAACAACAUUCGCGCCGCCGAGGGAAGAUCGAAUCGAAUCGAAUCAAAAACGCAGAGAAGCAAACCCCAAUCACAUAUAGUAGGCUAUGCUCCAUCAUAUAUGCGCGCGUUUAAAUUUUUUUUAUCUUCUUCGGAAUCGAACAAAAGUUGGUCACCCUUCAUUCGAGAGGUUUGCAAAAAUAUAGAAAAAAGAAAAGAUGUUAGGAACACUACACACAUACACGUACACGUACACAUACACACAUUUAGGCGAUAUCAACCGAUGUGAUGAGCGAAAACAUAAAUGUAUGAGUUUGAUAGGUGAUUUAUUUUUUGUCCUACUACUAAACAGUAUGGUUCAAGUAAUCAAAAAAAAAAAGGAUAGAUGGAAAAAUAUGAUCAAAUAUUUAAUGUUAAAAAAAUUUACGUUUUUAUACUUUCUUUGUUCGAGAAUUGUCCCUCCAAUCUAUCGGAUGCUACACCAUUCUAGCUAGCUAGCCAGUCAGUCGUCGGUGACGGUGUGGAUGGCCAUGGCACACAGAGAGCGCAUGGGCCGCUAAAAAUUUCGUUUUCUCCGGGCGCGUUCGCCCUUUCUUUUUACGUAAACACAAGUAGCACUACAAUACAGUGAUCCAAUUGAUAGCAGAAAGCAAAUAACAAAAAACAAGUAAACAAACAGAAACAGAAUAAACUAAACAACAAAACCAAUAGAGGAAAAAACACCGAUGCUGAGAGAAAUAUGAGCAAAAGUUUGAAAUAAACUGACAUUCCUUUUUUUAAACGAAUUGAAAAUUUCUUGGAAGGUCCUUGUGGUUAAAAAACACAGGAACAUAGAAGAAAACAACGCGAUACACAAUGUAAUGAAAUUUGUGGGAAAUGCAAAACCCGAAAACAUUUGGAAUGAGAUUGAGGACACAUUAUUAAGCAAAAACAGAGAAAACAAAAGAUUUAAAAAUGAAAAGCAGGAGCAGGUGAUGUCAAAUAAAAACGCAAGAAAAAUAAAAUGGUAAAUGAAAAUUGUAAA